CAGCGGUCUGGCGCUUGCUUCCAUUCCGCUACUGGAAACUGACUCGCGUUGCACCAGUUAAUUACAGGUGCAACGAUGUGACAUUUUGCAACCAAGCAGCCAGCGUGCCCGCAACACGAUGCCUCUUGGUCCCGCAAAUCACCAAGUGGAUGGACUUAAAUCCUGCUCUCUUGCAUAAAGAUGUAUGGGUUUUUUAACACGUGCUUGAAGUCUUCCAUCAUCCAAUCAUUUGGAGAAGAAGCAUGGGAGAAACUGAGAAUAGCAGCUGGAGUCCCGGACACUUUCAUGACUUUUAAAGUUUAUUCUGAUGAUAAUACACUACGAUUAGUUGAGGAAGCGUGCAAAUUAUUAGAUAUAGAGCCGGAAAUAUUGCUGAAACAGUUUGGGGAGCAUUUUUUUGAAUUUUGCAAAAGGUCUGGAUACGACCGCAUGCUACGUACUCUGGGUGGAAACCUAAUUGACUUCAUCGAGAAUCUUGAUCCGUUACACAGUUACCUCUCGUUGUCCUAUCAGGAGAUGAACGCACCAUCCUUCAGGGUGGAAAAAAACAAAGACAAUUCCAUGUUUCUGCAUUAUUACUCUGAUAGGAGAGGAUUAUAUCCCAUUGUCCCCGGGAUAAUUGGAGCAGUAGCAAAGGAUUUUUUUAACAGUGAAGUCACAAUGGAGUUAGUGAACCAAAUGGAAGAAGAGGAGCGAACUGGUAAAAAGGAACAUGUUGUCUUUUUGGUUACUCAAAAACCACUCCCUUCUGAGGAACAACAUAGCAAAUUGGCUGCAACACCACAUCAUCUGAUUGAUACAGGCAAAGAAAGUGAACAACAGACAGAUCAAGUGGAAUUGGAAAAUGCUACAAACAUUAAUUGUAUCGGUGGAUCCACUGCCCAGGAAAGCCAUUGGGAAACAAUUCCUGGAAAAGGAAGAGUGUUAAGAGGGUUCGAACCAGCUUAUCCUGAUAAGCUAUGGAUAGAGAUCAAGACAUUUUGUGACUGUUUUCCUUUUCACAUUGUCUUCGACCAGGAGCUUAGGGUGAAACAAGCAGGGACAAGUAUACAGAAGAUAAUCCCAGGUCUUCAAACAAUGAACAUCCAGCUUGAUGCAUAUUUCACCAUUGUUCAUCCAGAAGUAACAUUCAAAAUUUUAACCAUACAGAAAUUCAUUAAUAGCAUAUUUCGGCUCAGAACAAAACGGGUAAUGAUGCCGGAAUCAUGGAAGCAUUGUCCAAUGCUGGAAGUAAAAGGUCAAAUGGUGUGGAUGGAACAAUUUCAAUGCAUGUUGUAUCUAUGCUCUCCUCUGGUGCGCAGUUUUCAGGAGCUUGAAGAAAGGCAUAUGCACAUUGCAGAUAUCGCCUCUCACGAUGUGACCAGAGAUCUCAUCCUGCUGAAUCAGCAGAGGCUUGCUGAAAUGGAAUUAUCAAAUCAGCUCGAAAGAAAGAAAGAAGAACUGCAAGUUCUCUCUAAGCAUCUCAGGGAAGAAAAGAAGAAAACUGAAGCAUUGCUCUAUGCAAUGCUGCCAAAACAUGUGGCCAAUCAGCUCAAAGAAGGCAAAAGAGUUGAGGCAGGUGAAUUUAAAGAGUGCACCGUACUAUUCAGUGAUGUUGUGGAGUUUACCAGUAUGUGCGCUCAAUGUGAACCAAUUCAGAUUGUGGUUAUGCUCAACACCAUAUACCUGGAGUUUGACAGAUUAACUACAGUCCAUGAUGUUUACAAGGUAGAGACGAUAGGAGAUGCUUACAUGGUGGUUGGAGGAGUCCCUAUACCUGUUUCUUCACACGCAGAAAGGGUAGCAAAUUUUAGCUUGGCAAUGAUCAUAGCAGCUAAUGGCAUAAUGAACCCUGUAACUGGAAGACCUAUCCAGCUAAGAGUUGGAGUAACAACUGGCCCAGCCUUGGCAGGAGUGGUUGGAGAAAAGAUGCCUCGAUACUGCCUUUUUGGGGACACUGUCAACACAGCUUCCAGAAUGGAGAGCCAAGGAAUGCCAAACAAAAUCCACAUUAGUUCCAGUACUUGCUGUGCGCUGAAAGAUAAAUGCUUUGAGAUUCAUGAAAGAGGUGAGAUUGACAUUAAAGGGAAAGGGAAGAUGUGUACUUUCUUCCUCAUUAGAAAUGUGAUGGCAUCAGAAAAUGAAAUAUUAGGAAGACCGCAAAGGGAAUCGGAUUCUGACGAAGAUGCCAAAUGCAGUGUUUACCAGAAUCGACAGAGCACAGUAAAAAUGAGAUAUGCUGAUACACCUGAGGAUUUGCCAGAAACCAAUUAUUCAAAAAUAAAACACAUGACAGGACAAACAUGUGACUCAGAAAGUUACGGGAGCUUGCACAGUAUCUGUAGCUUUAAGCAGCUGGGUGAUGUUGAUCAGUGUCCAAAAGAUGACGAUGAACAAGCAACGAGGAAACUCAAUCAGAAGAAAGCUAAUUCAAACUUUUGCAUUUUAUUGUAAAUUCUCUGAGCAAGAACAAAAAAAUGACUCUUGUGUCUUAGUUUCCACAAAGGUAUGUGAUGUGCUAAAUAAACACGGCCACUGUUCCAAAUAUCAAAUAGAAAAUGGAUCAGGAUAUAAGAAUUCAUGAAGAUACAAGGUGCAGAUGCUGGGAUAUUGAGCAAAUCACAAAUUGCUGGAGGAAUUCAACAAGUCAGGCCGCAUCUGUGGAGGGGAAUGAAUAGGUGACAUUUCGGGUCAGGAUCUAUCUGCAGACUCUUUCAGGGGAGACUGCAAGAGGCGACAAAAUUUGUAAUGGUCUGGGGGACCAUUAGUGGCCUAGUGUUCAUCCAUGGGGUCAUGUCAGGAGGUAGGUAUGAGGAGAUGUCUGAGAGCUAGGGUAGAGACUGGCCUGCCGGACUACAAAGGCACAUCUCUUGUCAGCGGUUUGAUAACAACUUUGGGAUUGUUACUGAGUGAGCGGAGGUCUGUGGGUUUAGAGGAAGUGAAAUUGGAAUGGGUAAAGCAAGUGGAGAAGUCAAGACAGUUGACGUCACGCUAGCAGUUGACAGGAGGAGAUGGAACUUUGGAGACAGGAGAAAGAGUCUGAAGAAGGAUUUCGAUCCAAAAUGUUACCUGUCCAUUCCCUGCAGCCAUAGAUGCGUCACUCCACAUAGAGGUUCUUGAUCAAAACCUCAGCUGUCCAUUAUCUCCAUGGAUGCUGUCCAACCUGCUGAGUUCCUCCUGCAGGUCGAUGUUUGCUUCAUGACGAGUUUUAUAAACAUAUUGUCUCAGAAUGUUAGUUAAAAAUGCAUUAUUUUUCAGCGAAGACCACAUUCUG